UUGGAAACUUGAUUAGGCUCUGAAUAAAUGAUUCGUUUCUUGUGCCAAAUAUAAUUUCGUGGGGAGUGUACCCGGUACUGUCACUUACACAGUUAUUAAUGCAGUGUUCUAGGAACGGUACAUAUUUGACCCAUUGUUGAUGACGGUGACUGCUAUAUGCUCUCAUAAAUCUUGAAAUUUCUUUCAUUUUUCUUUCCACUGGGUUUGCACUGGGAGUGUAUGCCGAGACUCUUGACGUUUUAAUGCCGGCUUGUUCUAAAAUUUGUUUCCACUUGGCACUGCAAAAAUAGGUUGCGUUGUCUGACAAUAUGCGCUGUGGUUUACCAACUUCAUUGGUCCAUCUUUCGGUGAUGCAUCUGGCUAAUUUUUCACCAGUGAUUUUACCAAUAGGGAAGAACAUUGUAUAUUUUGAGAACAAGCAGGUUAGGACAAAAAUAAAGCGUUUUUGGUGUAUAGACUGAGGUAGUGGCCCAUAGAUGUCAGCUGAUAUUAAUUCAAGUGGUUGUGAGGGUAAGAUAGGUAUCAUUUCUCCUGCUAUGUGAAAACGGUUAUGCUUUGUUUUUUGACAGAUGUCGCAGGCUCUUAUUAACUGUGUAACCUUUUUGUUCAAUCCCUUGAAGUAACAACACGUUUUCAGGGCAUGUAUUGUUUUCUUUAUACCAAAGUGACCAAUUCGUUCAUGUGUUUCCAAAAUUACGUCCUUUUCUAGGGUGUGUGGUAUGACUAGAUGCCAAAAAUCGGAGUUUUUAUUAGCCUUAUAAAACAAAUGGUCGUUGAACACAGUGUAGCGUUGUAGAUACUGGUGCUCUUUUACUGGAGGGUUGGAUAACUUGCGAAUGAGAUCUGUGAUUUUGUUGUCCAUUGAUUGUGCGUUUUUAAAUUUUUCAGAUGUGAGGAGUUCGGUGUGCAGGAGCGGCGAUAUAUUGAAGGGUAACGGCACUGGUUGAUCUUCGGCUACAUAGCAUUGGAAUGUCGUUUCAUUGGCAUAGGUGUCACUUCCUUCUCUGGACAAGAAAUCAGCAGUUUGAUUUCGUUUACCUGGCAGGCAAGUCGGGUGAACCUGAGAUUUCGGCCGUUGAAGAGGAAGGACAGGUAAUCUCGAGAUUCUUCUGCCACUUGUACCUGCCAAUAUCCGGCGCUGAGGUCGACGGUGGAGUAUAUGGUCUUGCCAUGGAACGUCUGCAACACCUGAUCGAUCUGGGCGGGAGCUUCACGGUCGUCGUCGAGAAUCAUGUUCAGCUGGCGGGCGUCGAGACAGAGUCGGGUGGAGCCGUCCUUCUUCGAAACGCAGGUAAUACCAGGAAGGAGUAUGGGAAGCACUUUCCUUCGACUUGGAUCUCCAGGAGGCAUUGUUUAGAUAUUCGGAGACGACGUCCUGGUGUGACACCUGAUAGGAGGGUGUCCAUAUCCAUGGCGGGAUCGGGUGUACAUCGAACGGUCAUCCGCUGGUUCUUCAUCCGAGCAACGGUACGAGAAAUGGGAGUUCCUGUUUCUGGGGCGUCGUCGUCCGUAUGCUCUCCCGAUGUUUCGUCCUCCGGCUCUUGGGCUGCCGACGGAUCUUCCACUAGGAUGCAGCUCUCCUCCACCUGUGUCGAAGAUAAAUCAUCCAGUACAUUGGGAUGGAAAUCGGCGGAUGCGGUGGCAGAUGCGGAUGGCGGCGAACAGUCGGGUGAGAUGUCCUCGGUGUCUGACAGACUUGGAUUGACCUGGUCGUUUCCUGCCAUGGUUUGUGAGAGAAUAACGCGACGAACGUGUGCGGUGAAUAAAAAACGUGAAAGUGUUGAGAUAUACAAAAUAAUUAAUAAGAAAUCCAAUAGAAAUUACUAUAGCUUCGUAGUGAGUGAAAUACAGAAAAAAGUGGUUUAGCAAUGUGUUCAGUGAUAAAAUGAGUCAAGUUAGCAAUAUCGUUAACAUAAAAAAUGACACGAACAUACAGGAUACACAGUGAACACUUAUGCGGUAAUACAGGUACGCCUCUUAUAAUUUAUUAUUACUAUUAUUAUAAAUAUUUUAUUCUUAUAAUUUCUUGCCGCAAUUAUAUAUAUAGGCUAGUGUUCUUUGCAAAAUUUUAUAUAAAAGCAGUGAUACUCUGCUUAAAUUAUUCCGCAAUAUAUCCGUGAUUUAAUUUUACUUCCCUCUUUAUGUUUUAAAAACUUUUAAAAUGUAAAUAACUUCAAUCCUCUUUUCUGUAAAUAUUUAUAAAUUGUUUCAAUAUAGACCUAAUAUUCUUCAAAUAAUAUGACCUUUCUUAUGAUAUCUCUUAUACCUAUGACUUAUAGUAUGACCAAUUUUCGAAUAACACGAUAAUAAAAUUCUGAGUUCGAUUUUUUCUCUAAA